GCUGACUUGUCUAGAAGUCGGGAGUUACCAGAUUUUAGGCUCUGUUCCCCAGUCUCCUGUCCCAUUCUCAUGUUUUCCAGUGACUUUCCUCGAUUUCAGAUAAUUUUGGGGCAAAAAUCCGCUGGCCACCAAAAUGUCUAGAGGUUGACUUGUUUUACAAAUAUUUAUUGAGUUGUUUAUGAAUUAGGGCCUUAUGGGGCCCCUACAAGAGUUCUGGGCAACGCACUCUUCGGAUCACCCAAGGAAUCGCUUGGUCUUCAGAUCAUUGGGUUUGUCUUCUACAAUGAAGGUUUUGUUACUGAAAGACCCCAAAACUAAGGAUUUGGCUUCAGAUCCCUAUGUUAAGGAAUUAUCAUCGCAUGGAUUACAAGCAACACUAAUCCCCGUGUUAUCCUUCAAAUUUGUGUCUCUGGAUCAUUUUUUUGACAAGCUUUCUCACCCAGAGAGUUACGCCGGUCUUAUAUUUACCAGCCCAAGAGCAGUAGAAGCUGUCAAAUUAUGUUUGCAAAAGCCUGCUCAUAAAGAAGCUUGGAAGGACCAUCUCUGUGCCAAGUGGAAUUCUAAGCCCGUUUAUGUGGUUGGCAAAGCUACAGCUUCUUUGGUUGAAGAAAUUGGUCUUUCGUCAGAAGGGGAAGGCUCAGGAAAUGCAGAAAAGCUUGCGGAAUGUAUCUGUUCAAAGGGAUUAUCGUAUUCCGCACCCAUUCUUUUUCCUUGUGGAUCUUUGAAAAAAGAGGUUCUUCCUAAAAAACUCCAGGAGAAAAAUGUACCUCUGGAGACCAUUACGGUUUAUCAGACUGGCCCGCAUCCCGCUAUACAAGUUUCGCUCUCGGAUUAUUUCACAAAGGAAGGUGUCCCAGCAAGUAUUGUUUUCUUUAGUCCGUCUGGGCUGAAAUAUUGUCUCUUGUUUCUUAAGGAUCUCCCUAGCGAUCAGCUUAAUCAAAUAAAGUUUGCUGCCAUUGGUCCUACAACUGCGGAAGCAAUGGCCGAAGAAGGCAUCCCAGUCUCCUGCACGGCUCAAAACCCCACUCCCCAGGACUUAGCAAUAAGAAUAAAACAAAUUGGCAUGCAAUGAAAAUGCUAAUGGGGCCUGACGGACCUUCUGCCAAGUCUUGAUGAAAGGUUAUCGAUUCCCUGACACGUCUAUGGAAAGUCUGGGCUAACUUGAAUAUGUAAAUGAUGUUUUGAUGCAAUAAAAUGCCAAUUUCAAAGGUAAAUGUUAUGGGACAUGUCACUGACGACUUAGGGGGAAUGGUUUCUUUCUUCUAUAGGCCAUAUCCCACCUGAUACUCUUAUAACCAGGCCCUAAGAGUAGGUAAGAUCUCAGCAAACAGAGACUUAGUGACGUUCAUCUGUGUUAUUAAAUCAGACUCCAGAUGUUUUAUUUCUAGUCCCAAAGGUCCUGUAGAUAUAGACAUCAAUUUUAUGGUUCCUUGGCUAAUAAUCCUAGACAUGGACACCAUUUACUUCAGCUUUGAGCUCUGAUCUUGGACCUAACAAAUCCCGUUUAGCUGAGGUUUCUCUAGGCACGGGGGGCUCCUGCAUCAUGUCCUUGCUUCCAUAUUUACUUGAGAACUCCAACGGGCCCUAAUUUAUUCAGGGUUUUACUGACAGAAACCAAACUCAGUACCUAGCAAGUUACUGAUAUGUACAAACAGUAGGGGGGUUGGAUAAAGGAAAACAAAAUAGGUUUUGCCCAGCUGCGCUAAAUGCACCUAUAUAACAAAUUGUUACAAGGGAAAUACUAUAGCCAUUUUUGCUUUCUUUAGGCAUUUUAUAAACAAUAUUUCUCUUUAAAGAGGUUGUUCGCCUUUAAAUUAACUUUUAGUAUGAUAUAGAGAGUGAUAUUCUGAUACAAUUUGCAAUUGGUUGUCAUUUUGUAUUAUUUGUGGCUUUUGAGUUAUUCAGCUUUUUAUUCAGCAGUUUGCCAGUUUCAGCAAUGUGUUUGCAAGGUCCAAAUCAACCUAGCAACCAUGCAUUGAUUUGAAUAAGAGACUGGAAUAUGAAUAGGAGAGGCCUGAAUAGAAAGAUGAGUAAUAAAAAGUAGCAAAUCUGUAUUUUUUGGGUAUGAAAACUCUGAAUCCGAAAACCCGGCAUUUCAAAGCUCUUGGGGUCCUGUAUCAGUCAACGGUGAAGGACCCAAUGUCUGAACUGCUGUCAGUACCGAUAUCCGAUUUUGGGGAUUUUGGCCUGAAAAAUUAGUGUUUUUUGCGGAAAAGCCCAAAAACUUCUGAAUUUUCAGGCAAAGGUCCGAAGUUUGCCCGAACCUAUUUUUUUGAAUGAUAAAUAAGGUCCAAUCGGGAAUACUGAGAUAAAUUCGGAGCUUGAUAAAUAACCCCCUAAGUGUGUCUGCCUCAAGCCUUUCCGAUUUCAAUGAUCUCUUUUAGGUUUAGGUCUAGAUAUUUCUUGUAGUCACAUCAAACCAUGGUGUUAUGGCAAAAGGGCAGGCUAUAUAUGCAGAGAUGGUCUUUGAUGUCCAUCCUUUUCAUCAUGCCAUUUAAAUCAAGCCAAUAAAGUACAUCUUUGUUCCAUGGUACGAGUCUGCAGCUGAUAUAUUUUAGAUUACAUUCAAUACCAAGAGCUGAUCUACUGGAGAUAUGGAGACAAUAUUCCAGUGUAUAAACAAACAAUGUAUUAUAUAUAUUCUGUGUUGUCAAACCAAGGUGUUCAGUUCAACUCUUCUCUAUCUGAUCCUAAAAUAGGAGUAGAACCACAAUGUCCUAGAAAAAUCACAAAUCUGUCCAAAAGACUAAUCUUCAACCAUCGUCUAGAAUCCAGCACUUAUGAGUUGGAAUGAAAUGUAUUGCUUUGUGAUGACCAAUGGAAAUAAAUGAAGAGCUAUUAUGA